AUGUCGGGUUCGAACCAGGGACAGGGGAACCAGCCUCAUAAUCAGCAGCAGCACCAGCAGGUAUCAGAAACCAUUAAUAUUCUGAAAACAAACCAAAAAUAAAGAUGAUAUACCAACAGCAACAACAGAUGAUGAUCAAUAGGCAGCAGAUGCACCAGCAGGUUUUUUUUUUCAAAUUCAAAGCUGGAUUUUUAACACGUUGAUCUCGCUUCCAGCUACUCUAACUCAGACGCCAUUAUAGAUAGCACUCCCAAAAGUCUCCUCUUAGCGCAUUCCGCGUGCGUGCGCGCGCCAAUUCAAAUUUUGUCUCUUGAACUAGAUUUACAGGCUUCCAGUAUAUGGUUCUUUUUGUAUAAUUUUUCUUGCAUUAAAAAAACUUCCAAUUAAUUUUACCCGGGUAUCAUAUCUAUGAUAACUGGAUAUACGGGCAGAGUACCUGAAAUUUUUUUGAUUGCUACCGAGUAGCCUGGAAAUGCUUCCCAGGUUUUUUUAUUAUUAUUAUUUUUUUAGUCACUUCGGUUUUCUAAUUUUUUUAUUCAUUCUUUUUUUCAGACUUCCUUUGAAAUUUGUAUGAGCUGUACACGUUGUUCUCCAUUCGCUCAUGAGAAACGAAAAAAAUGAAUUUUCAGCAGCACAUUUCCUUAUCAUGCGAGGAGCUUUGAAAAAAAUCGUAUCUCCGCUCAAAAAAACGUUUCCAAAAACUUUUUUUCACGGACCUGCGCGGCAUUUUUUUGAGAACAGAUUUGGAAACAGCAUGAAAAAAACUUCAUCUAGUGAACUGUGUCUCAUUCUGAAAUCCAACUACGACCAGAGACCAUUCCCUGGGCAGCUAGAGCUAAAAUUUAUGCUCGACGUCUCAUGAUGGACACGUUAUGGAAUAUUCAAGAUUCAUUUUAAGAGGUAUAUUUGUGGGCACAUUAUGGUACCUUCCCCAUUUGCCUGUGCAAGUGAGUGAAGGCGAAAAUUUGAAUUUGCGCUAAAACAAGAAAAAACUUUCUUAAAUAAAGUUAGAUUCCCUAAAUGAGUCAAUAUUAAAUAAAAGAAAACUGGAAAUGAAUAAGUAAGAAAAAUUAUACAAAAAGAACCAUAUACUGGAAGCCUGUAAAUCUAGUCCAAGAGACGAAAUUUGAAUUGGCGCGCGCACGCACGCGGAAUGCGCCAAGAGGAGACUUUUGGGAGUGCUAUCUAUAAUGGCGUCUCUCUAACUCACAUAUCAUUCUAUUUUUACAGUAAACCUCAUUUUUGUAGGAAAAUUGGAAAGUUUUUUGAAUUGCCAUUUGAAAAACUCGAAAAUCCGUUUGCACAAACAAAAGUUUGCCCAGGUCUAUUAGAAUAUCAGAAAUUUUUAUUUAGAAAUUCAGGAGUAAUUCGAGUUCGCAGAAAAAUAUAAACUUCCUGCUAAAAUAACACUGGUAUAUCGGCGUAUUCACGAUAAUGGCUAACGGAGUGCACUUUCAAAUUCAGUCGGAAUUUGCACGCGGUCAAUCAACAAAUUACAUUCAGAGGCUAACUUUCUGCUCUUUCUAUACCAUUUGUUUGCACUCCGAUACUAUCCCAAUGCCCUCUAGAUUUGAGAGUGCUGACAAAGCGUUGGAAGUAUGCUGCCGAAGUGAACUCCGAUACAUAGGCGAAUCGAGAAAGGGUAUCGCGAGACCCUCUGAGGUAUAUCGCAGGCUCUGAAGUCUCUCGAUGGUACCUCGAGGAUACCUCUGAGGAUUUUGAGCAAAAUGAGACGGGCUUGAGAGGGACUCUAAAGUACCUCCGAGAUGGCUCAGAGAUAGCUGAAAGGUAUGCCGGCGGUCUCACGAUGGACACAUUAUGGGGUCCUCAAGAUCCAUUUUGAGAGGCACCGUUGUGGACACAUUAUGGUACCUUCUCGAUUCGCCUUAUUGACUGGCGAAGUGCAUACCCCGAUUGAUCCUUGAAUCCUUUUUUUUAAAUUUUUUGUUGAUUUUUGGAUGUUGGUUUUAAACUUAAACGGCUUGGGUGUAGAUAGCUCUUCUCUAUCUCUUUCACAGGGUAUGGUCUCCCCGGAACAUCGAGCAAAAAUCGAUUUCGCCAAAUGGAUUCGAACCAUGGUCACACUGAAGAGAGUGCUCAACUACCACUACACUACGUCGCUUGGGCUUCGAGCGCAGGGUUAAAUGCUCUUAAAAAUUUUAGACGAGCUUCCCCUCCGUCGCCUGAUGGGUUCAGCAAAGUUUUAUCUUUGAUUCCGAGAUAAGCUCUAGCCUAGGCCUAUCAGCCCACAAAGUCUCAAUUCGCCACUCGAUGUUUAGGGGAGACCACACCCUAGUCAAGAGUCCCACGCCGCUUAUUUUGGGUAUAUUGAAUUAUUUUUUCUUUUUUGCUGUCAAAAUGUUUUCAAUUGUGUUAAUAAGUUUUUCAAUUCCAAACGAAGAGAUUUUGUGAAAUAAACAAUUUUUGUAUAAAAUAAAAAAAAAGAAUGAAUACUCAACUUUUGUAAUCGAAUGAUUAAGUUAAGAUGGUCUACGCACAAAUGACCCCUCAACAACAACUUCAAAUGUCUCAGCGGUUCCCACAAAUGAGCGGACAGUCGCAGGUUUCGACGGAACGACCUAGAGUUGAAAGUUUUGCGGUUCAGCAACCGCAGUCGACCGGAAUACCCUCGCCGGCUCAGCAUAUGCAAGUGCAGAGUCUGUCGAACGCGGGUCAGCCGCGAAGUCCUAUGGUAGAUCCUCGAAUUGUCUCCAGCUCUCAGCAAAUUCUGCAGAUCAACGCCCCCGGCUCCCAUCAAAUGGUUGGAGGACCGCAAUCCGUUCCUUCCGUCACGGCGGGCCCUAUGUCUGCUCCGCCUGGUGGUCCGAUGUCUGUCCAGCCGUCAGGUCCGAUGUCAGUCCAGGCCUCGGGUCCGAUGUCUGUCCAGGCCUCGGGUCCAAUGUCUGUCCAGGCCUCGGGUCCGAUGUCUGUCCAGGGCUCGGGUCCGAUGUCUGUCCAGCCGUCUGGUCCGAUGUCAGUCCAGCCAAAUACUCCACUCAACCCACUUUCCAACAAUCCCGCGUCUCAACAGAAUGUCCAGGUUCCGUCAACUUUUCGAUAUGUCUUACAGGAAGCCAUUUCUUUCAGCCCAUGUCAGUGCAACCUCAAACGCCUCUCAAUCCUCAAUCACUCAACCCAGCCUCGCAGCAAAACUUCCAGGUAUCAAGAGCAUGCAGAAGAAGCGAAAAUGUCAGACGAAUAUAUUUUAGGCAGCACAAAUGUUCCAAUUUUAGAGUACAAUAAAAAUGAAGUGAUUUUGCACAGAAACAUCGAAAAUUUCAUCAAUUUUGUCGUAAAAAUUUGAAAGUUCCACAGUAUUCCUAGAUUUUUGGGAAAAAAAGAAUUUCUAUUGUUCAUUUUGCAUUUAAGUACCAACAUUAUCGAAGAAUAAACCAAGAAAUUCGAAAUAAAUUGUUUUUUGAAAUUCAUCAAUAGUCGGAUUAAUAUGUGAGAAGUUUCUCUGGAGAAUAAAAACCAAACUCAGCCGAUGUCAGUUCCUCCAGCAACGCCGGCAUCAGUGCUGGGUCAGCAGCCGAUGUCUGUAGCCCCUGCGACUCCCGCGGUCGUCAUGUCGGUCCAGCCUCCCUCAGUGACGCCGUCGACGCCUCAAAUCGGACAGCAGGUCCGGCAAAUGCCAGGAGAGAGCUAGUGGAGAUGUUCAGACAGGGCAGACUUCGGGCAGCAACCAGUUCGAGCAGUACUCCCGACUCGUGCAGGACCCGUUCCAGUUGUCGCGGCAUCUAAUUAUGCGAGAACUUCGAAAGUCUAUUCUAGUCAGUCGUUGGGCAGAAAGAAUUUGACGCUCCAUCAUGUUCAGGAUGUCAACAAGAAGGCGGCCGACUACUUGCAAGCCACCGAAGAAGAGAAAGAGGAGCCAGAUCCUGAAGAAUAUUUGAACUCUUACAACAACUUCUUAACAAUUGUAGAUGACAUUGAGGCUAAUCUCGUCAGUUUUCCACACUUACAGUCCUAUUUCAAAAAGAAAAGCGAAACCAAUUCCUGUAGGUCCCAAGCCAAUUUAGGCACUACUUUUUUUUCAUUCUGCGCAGUGUGGGGCUUUUUUGUUUCUUCGAAACGUUUUGGACCGUUUUAGAGCCUGAUACCGCUCACAGCUGAUUGCAAAAGUAAAAAAAUGUCUCGAUCACGAGUUUUUUUUCUUACAUUUUCUGCAAAGACGGUUCUUAAAUAUUAGUAAAGCCUGUUGGGUCGAUGAAUAAUCUGCCAAAGGGAAAAUGGAAUGUUCUUUCGGCGCUUUUCUAGAUAAUUUAUUUUUGAAACGCUUAGAUUUAUGAUAAUAUGUAUUUGAAAAUUGAUCAUCUUUAGACUCUGAUGUUGGAGGCUCGGAAGCAUGAGGAGAAGAUGUCGAAGAUGAUGGGAGAAAUGGCGAAAGAGCAGCAGCAGCAGGCGGCCGCCUUGGGCCAGGCACCGGGAUUUUCCGGCGACAAAUCGGCCGACCAGUUCUCCAACCUUCUCUCUCAAGUCACCGACUACAUCGAAGCCACCGCUGAGGUACGUCGGCCACCUUCCAAAUAGUGUUUAUUCAUGAAAUUAGAUGAUUUUUUUUAGAUGACUCAGUUCAACAUUAAAUAGUUAGCAGCGAAAGCUAUAUAAAAGAAAGCAAUUAUUUGAAAGAGAGAAAGCCAAAAAGCUUAAAAAAGGGAACUUUUAAAUAAACUCGAAUGUAGAUGUGUUCUUUAGGUUUAGAAAAUUUAUACUCGGUAUGAUUUUUAUGAAUGUAAUUGACAAAAACUUGAUUUACCCAGAUAAAUCAGUUUUAGAAAGAAAUUAUUAAAAAAAAGGAACUUUCCACGUCCUGUGCAUAAAUUUUUCCAGAGGAUUUUUUGUUGUUUUUUUUUCUUGCUUUGGGAUCUUCUAGAAUUAAAGUUAUUGAUGAGUCGAAAAAUGCUAUCAUCAAAGACUCGUCAAAAAAUUCACACACCGAAACUUAAACACUCUAACAAAAGUUGCGGUGCACCCCGCGUCCAACUCUCGUUUCACCCCGCAGUGUAACCAGGGGUGCACCCCGUUUAGCUUUAAAUGUCAAUUAAGGUACUAUUUCCGUACACGAUUUCGAAGUGGUUUGUUUCCCAAUAUCACCAUUUUCUACCGUUUCAUCCUAGGUCGUUUCGGUAGCUCAAAAAGAACUUUUCAUUUUUGACCGGUUGCCCCAGGGGUUCACCCCAUUCAGGUCCAACGCGGGGUUCAGCGCAAAAAUCAACGAAAAGCUCACUUUUUUCGGGGUUCACUGCGGGGUACACCCCCAUUUUUGUUAGAGCAGCUAAAAAAAAAGGUCUUCCCUUGAUUGUGAGAAAGUUAUUACGGAACUCCUUGAAUGAGAAAAGUUGAAUAGCUCCUCAUGCGCACCUGAACGUUGUAAAAAAAAAAGACUCACCAACUACGGUCUUUCGGUCUGUGCACAAUUUUGAACGCUAGUAACAGAAGUUGGUAAUUGCCGAAAUCCGAGACUUGGCGUUUUCAGUUUCAAGGCAAAGUGGACAGAACGGUGGACCACAUCUCGAUGCUCAUGGAGAAAGUUCGCAAAAGGGAAAAUAAACCAGCCGAGCCGGUUGACGUCAGAAUGGAAGUGGAAGAGAGACAAAAUUCCUUGAAUCCUGACAACGAAGAGUAA